AUGGAGGCAGGAAGUGACAGUGACACACCCUUCUCAAUCGUCUCCAUAGGCCUUGCUGUUGAGAUAGCUCUUGCAGUUUAUGGCGCAUGUGAAGGCAUGGCCUCUUCGGGUGGUGCAUCGAUUCUAUGCAGUCAGAAUAGAUCCAUACUCGGGCCCACAUACUUCAUCAUGAUAAUGGUGUCAACAAUAUUUUUCAGUAGCUUUCUUGUUGCCUUGAUCAUUGCAACAAAUAUAGACGAAAAGCUGGACAUGGGAAGGAGUAUCUCAUAUCUCUCUGCAUCCUUAAUGGUGGGAAUCACGGCUGCAAUAUCGGGAAAGGUUUGCUCGGCACUAGGCAAGAGGGGAUUCAGGAUUCUGUCGGAAAAGCCCUCCUUUCUCCCAAUCCUGAUCAUCCUAUUCGGCAUGAUAGAGUUUGUUAUAAUUGUUGUUCUUUCCUGUGCCUUAUUAAUGGUAUACCAAACACGAGAUUAA